ACCUACACAAAGUGAGCCCUCCAAAUGACGUCGAGCCUUUCUAAAAUUCUCCAAUCGACAACUUCCUCCACUAACGAGACCUCCAUACCAACUUCGACAGCGCCGAAAGAGGCCUCAUAUCCACAUACUACUACUAUUUCCAACUGUAUCUGCCGAUCCAGGAAGAUUGAAUCUCUCCUCUCACCAGACGAUGCCUCUCAUCAUUGUCUCUGGACUACCUACCUCAGGCAAGUCGACACGAUCACAACAACUUUACGAUUACCUCUCCAAGCGCAUCGUCGAUUCUAAAUAUCGCCUACACCUCAUCUCUGACGAAUCACUCUCUAUCUCCCGUUCCGUUUACGAUCUUUCGAGUCUUCCAGCACAUACCAGGUCUGCCAACGCCUCAGAGAAGGAUGCUCGCGCUACAAUAUAUGGCGCCGUGAAGCGCGUACUUAGCGGCAAGGAUAUUGUAAUUCUUGAUGGCUUAAAUUACAUCAAGGGUUGGCGAUACCAACUACACUGCGAAUCUAAGGCUGUACGCACACCGAGCUGUGUACUGCAGAUUGGAUGCUCAGUGGAUAAGGCACGGGAGAUCAACGAGGCCAGACUAAGCAAGAGAGAGGCUGGUACAUCCAAGACUGUGAAUACAGAAGAGGCAACGCCUUCAGAUAGAACUUCUGGUGAUACGAUCGUGGAGUCUGCAGAGCCAUAUGAGCCCGGCAACUGGGACAACUUAGUCUUUCGAUACGAAGAACCCAAUCCCAUGACCAGGUGGGAUAGUCCUCUCUUCACGCUUAUCUGGGAGGACGAUGAGGCCCAAACCAACAAGGUCUUCUCCGACCUCUGGGACGCAAUUGCCGGUGAAGCCCGUAAGGUUGUGCGCCCGAAUCAAGCAACAAUACAGCGCGGCCGUGAGGAAAGUGGUGACUACUUGUAUCUCCUAGAUCGCGAGACAUCUGAUGUUGUGAAGCGCAUAGUCGAAGCACAGCGAGAGGGCGACGACGUUGACGAAGUACGGAUACCGUCUGGCUCUACAGAACUGACGAUACAUUUACCCGCGGGCAAGAAGGUUGGUCUCCCACAAUUACAGAGACUAAGGAGAGCGUUCAUGGGGUUGAAUAGAGGUGGUAUCGGAUUGGAGGCUGUGGGCGAUAUGAAGUCUUCACGGCUGAGAGACACCUUUGUGACGUAUCUUAAUGAUGCGUUUGAGAAGGAUGAGUAGUAUUUAUCUCUAUGAAGGUUGUGCCGUCAUUGCAGACGAUCUCAGUGCGGCUCCAUAUGAUGGCUUUGUGAUGCUUGAUGUGCUACCUAUAGAGUUUGAUACUUGCUUCCAUGAUAACACAUGAGCUUUCUCACAAGCCCAGGAGGUUCAGAAUUGUUCAUCGAGAUACAUCGCCGGGCGGAAUAUACCCGCGAUGAAAAAAUGAAACCAGCAUAAGUAGUACAUUCAUACAAAUGUGUUCGCCCAUGGUGUCAAUUAUGAGUUGCACAUACCAACAGAGCUUAUGAUUGGUUGUAGGUUCUGUAGCUCCAGGGUAGCCUUUGGAUCACGAGGCAUAGGAGACAUAGGAGAGGAGAACACUUAGAAUAUAUAUUCAAAGCAACAAGAAAACUCGAAUAGGUUUGAGAUAGACUUAGCAAGCUUUGAUUUUUGCUUUGUUGGUCUUGAGACUAAUUAUUUAUGGCGCCCUUUUGAAAUGUCGGAAGUUGUCUUGCUCCUUGGAGGUAACAUCAGGCAGUGUAGCUACUAGUAGUUGCGAUGAUAGGUAAACAUGAGAAGCUUGAAGCUUGGACAAAGAAUAACUGCAGCUAGUACCUCACGGUCGAGAGGAAGUGUUUUGAG